ACAGGCACAUUCCUUAAUUCUUAUCUUCUUAGCAAUGGCCUCUGCGAGAGAAGUAAGCAUUGAUUUGUUCUUGUUAUUAUUAUUCCUCUUUGUUCAACAUUCCUCAUCCAUGGCGGAAGAUCCCGUUCCCGCCGAUUGGCCGGAGCAGUUCCACUCAGUGCUGUUCAUCAACCGAAGCGGGUCUCUCCAGAAAACGGACCUAUGGUACGACUGGCCCAACGGCCGCAACUUCAACAUCAUCCAACACCAACUCGGUGUCCUCAAGUACGACCUCGAGUGGGACAAUGGCACAUCCUUUUACUACACCCUCCAACCCUUCGACAAAACCUGCAAAAUUAUCCAUUUCGAGGUCGGCAUUCUCCGUCCUGAUUGGCUCCACGGUGCCACCUACCUAGGCCAGGAGUACGUCGACAAUUUCCUCUGCAAUGUCUGGGAGAAAGUUGACUUCAUCUGGUACUACGAGGAUGUCCUCACUCGCAGACCCGUCAAGUGGAUCUUCUACUCCGGGGAAGGCAGCGAUGUAACCAGAUUAUUGCUUUGAAGAUAGGUGAGCAUAUGGUAGAGGAGGUUUAUGAGAUUAAAGAGGUGGUGAGUUCAUAUUUUGAGGAGCAUUUCAAAGCCAGAAGUUGGCUUAGCCCGCGAGUGUCACUUACUGGUUUUCCUGUGUUGUCUAAUGCACAAAAUGCAAGGUUGGUUGGUGACUUUACUGAGGAGGAGGUGUGUUGUUUGAUUAAGGAGAGUGAUGGUGACAAAAGCCCAGGAACUGAUGGGUUUAAUUUUGCUUUCUUGAAGAGAUUUUGGCCUCUUAUGAAGGUGGAUGUGAUGGAUUUGCUUGCUGAGUUUCAUACUAACUUGAAGGUUCCAAAGGCUCUUUUGUCUUAUUUUGUGGCUUUGGUCCCCAAAGUUCC